CCACAGGUGGAGCUAAUUAUUUCACUUGUGAUUCUGUGAGGAGACCUGCAGAACAUGCACCGUGUGGGGUCCUGAGGACCGAGUUUGAGAACCUGUGCCAUAAUGUGUUGGGUUUACAGCACAGGUAUCUCGUGCGCCAGGAUCCCGACCAUCAGAAAGGUCCGCACGCCUCCUCACACUAUCCUGAGAAGACACAUCAGUGCUCGGAGUGUCAGCAAUGUUUCCCUAAUCAUUCGGUCCUUAUUGCCCAUCAGCAAAUGCAUUGCGCCAGUAAUCUGUAUAGAUGCUCGGUUUACGGAGUGAGUUCCAGUGCCAGAUUGGCUCUUACCACCCACCAGCAAUGUCACACAGAGGACAUGCUGUUUCACUGUUCUCACUGUGGGAAAUCGUUUCAUCAGAGGUCACGUCUGCUGUCACAUAAGAGGUCUCACACCAGGGUGAAGCCAUUUUCAUGCCCGGAGUGUGAGAGAUGCUUUACUUGCAGUUCUGCUCUCAUUACGCAUCAGCGGUUUCACUCCGGUGAGAAGCCGUUUAAGUGCAUGGAAUGCUACAAAUGUUUUGCCCAGAAAGCCGACCUAGAGAAGCAUCAGCGCACUCACACCGGGGAGAGGCCGUUUCCAUGCUCAGAGUGCGGCAGAUGUUUUACAGACACAUCUGCUCUCAUCAGGCAUCAGCGGCUACACUCGGGCGAAAAACCGUUUAUGUGCUCGGAAUGCGGCAAGUGCUUUGUCCAGAGAUCCGGCCUUGUCAAGCAUCAGCGCAUUCACACCGGGGAGCGGCCAUAUGUGUGUUCCCAGUGCGGUCGCAGCUUUUCUGAUCACUCAAAUUUUUGGCGACAUAAGAAGGUUCACCCCGAGCUAGGAGAAUGAACUGUCCGUCACACGCAUAGCGAGACUUGUAUACAAAACGCAGACAGACUCCUUUUCCCACCGACUACAGGACUUGGAAUUGUGCAAGGGGCUGUGUCCGAUGCAUCUAAAAGUGUGCAUUGUGGAUACAGUAGAAUUUUAAUUUUUUUCAUAACCUAAAUUAGUUAUGAGUGCGAAGUCCUCAGAACUGUCUC